AUGGCUCAGAUAGACUCAACAGCCACUCAGGCCCCGACCAAACCGGCCCAUCCCGUCGUUACCUCGUUCCCACUUAACCCCUUGACGACCACUUUUACUCGUCCCGCGGACUGCGAUGGCAUAUUUGCAUCCAGCUUCCUCUCUGGCAUUGACUUCUCAACGUCCUGUCUCCCAAAAGGCUUCCACACCGACGAGACAUCAUACUUUUCGCCCGGUCUAGUGUGCCCCACGGGCUACUACUCUGCCUGCCACGAUAACAUCGGCGCGAAGAGCAUCACGACGGUAACAUGUUGUCCGACGUUUGGGACCGACCUCUCGCUUUCAUGCGUCACAGCCAGCACCCUGGAGAGUGUCUGGUCAACGCUGUUUUGUACAUGGAUUGCAGGCGAUGUUACUUCCCUCCCUAUGACAGUGAGCGACAACGGCAUCACGAGCACGGUGACGAGAUCUUUCUCAGGACGUGAAGGCCUCAAUGCUUUUGGCGUUCGAAUGGUCUACCAAAAGACUGACACUCAGACGACAACAAUGGCAAAAUCAACAAAGUACACACCACCAACAUCGUGGACAAGAACUGGGUGGCCGGCAUAUCCAACGGGCUCUGAUUCUGGCGGCUCAUCAGGUGGCCUCUCU